UAUCCACGUGGCCACGUAGCCACGCUAGCCCAGAAGCCAGCAGUCUACGGCGGAUGCGCCCGCAGCGUUCCCAGGUGGCGGGCCCACGGUGUACACGCGGCGGCGCGCGCGCGAGCCCGAGCCGCGCGACGCGCACGCCGGCCUGCUGCAGCUGCUGCCCGUGCUGGUGCUGGUGCUGCUGUCCAUGAUGAGCGGCUUCUUCAUCAGCGAGCCCGUCUACAGCCUCACGCCGGGGCCCAAGUACCCGCAGCCGCGCGAGACCGCCAAUCUGAAGGUCCCGUACUACGUCAAGGAGAACUUCCAUACGGAUUACCAAGGGUCGUUGCGGCGGCUGGAGAUGACCAUCGAAGAAGAAUAUAUAGUUAAUCUACGCCACGCGUGUCAGCGCGAACGUAACUACCGCGACAGCAUGGCGUGGAAGGCGCGAAACUUCGGCGACUCCAAGCAGUACGCCGAGGCGCAGAAGCUACGCACGCCCUCCUGCGAGAAGCUGUCGAAUUUCCACAUCGUAGCGCAAAAACACUGUGUGCUUUCACUUGCUUGUAGUUAAUGCUACAUUUGCUGCUAGCGUUUAUAUCAUUUAGGGAUGGACGAUUAGAUUUUUAUGAAGACCGAUUCAAUUGAAUACGAUCUAGCUAUUUUUUUUUAUUGAUUCACUUCAGAGAUUUAAGCAAAUCGAUUUAAAGUUAAGGCGAAUCGAUCGUAUUCAUAAUUUAAACAAAUCUCAUCUUAUUAAUGAUUUCGAUAAAUAUACAGAAAC